GUUGUAGGUGUGGUUAACUAUACAGAACAAGCAGUUGUCUGCAGUUGAAGUUGAACGAACGCUUCUUACAGUGUUAUUCUUGACCGGGGAACGCCAAAAAAGUGUAUUGGGAAUACUAAACUUUAACUGAAGAAAGUCUACCAGCAACAUGGAGCAGACCAUAGCUCCGAAAGAAGUGAGGAUUCUUGAGACAGCUGAAGAUAUCCAAGAGAGACGAGAUCAAGUCUUGUCUCGCUACUCUCAAUUUAAAUCAGAUGCUAGAGCCAAGCGUGACAAGUUGGAAGACUCUCGUCGUUUCCAAUACUUCAAGCGAGAUGCUGAUGAAUUGGAAUCUUGGAUUUUUGAGAAGCUUCAAGCUGCCUCAGAUGAAAGUUACAGGGAUCCUACCAAUCUUCAAGCCAAAAUUCAGAAACAUCAAGCAUUUGAGGCUGAGGUUGCUGCACACAGCAAUGCUAUUGUCAGUCUUGACAAUAUUGGACUUGAAAUGAUAAAUGAAGGCCAUUUUUCAGCGGACGUAAUUCAGAAACGUUUGGAAGAGCUUCAUCGUUUAUGGGAAUUGCUUCUAUCCCGUCUGGCUGACAAGGGCAUGAAAUUGCAACAAGCUCUUGUCCUGGUGCAGUUUUUGCGUCAGUGUGAUGAAGUUAUGUUCUGGAUUAAUGACAAGGAGGCUUUUGUUUCAUCUGAUGAGUUUGGGUCAGAUUUGGAGCACGUCGAAGUAUUGCAACGUAAAUUUGACGAAUUCCAGAAAGAUAUGGCAGCGCAAGAAUUUCGAGUUACCGAGGUCUUGGAACUUGCUGAUCGUUUGGUCAAAGACGGCCAUCCCGAAGUUGAUACUAUUAACCGUCGCAAGGAGGAACUUAAAGAAUCGUGGCAGCGAUUGAGACUUUUGGCAUUGAAUCGUCAAGAAAAACUUUUUGGCGCUCACGAAAUCCAGCGUUUCAAUCGUGAUGCUGAUGAAACAGUUGCUUGGAUCACCGAAAAAGAUGUCGUAUUGUCGUCGGACGAUUUCGGUCGCGAUUUAGCUAGUGUUCAAACACUGCAGCGGAAGCAUGAGGGUGUUGAACGUGAUCUAGCAGCUUUGGAAGAUAAAGUUAUGACUUUAGGCCAAGAAGCUGCUCGUUUAUGCGGCAUUCAUCCCGAUCAUGCAGAUCAAAUCAAAGCCAAGCAUCAAGAGAUUGAAAACAAUUGGGAGAGGUUAACUGGUAAAGCUAAGGAACGCAAACGUCGUUUGGAUGAUUCUUACUUCCUGCACCGCUUCUUGUCAGACUUCCGUGACUUAGUCUCAUGGAUUCAUGACAUGAAAGCCAUUAUCGCUGCUGAUGAAUUAGCUAAAGAUGUUGCAGGCGCCGAGGCCUUGCUGGAACGUCAUCAAGAACAUAGGGGCGAAAUUGAUGCAAGGGAAGAUAGCUUCCGAGCUACAGCUGACGCUGGCCAGGUCUUAGUAGAAAAGGAACAUUGGGCUGCGUCGGAAGUCAACGAAAAGCUGAUUACCUUGUCCAACGAGAAACAAAAUUUGUUGACUUUAUGGGAAGAGCGACGGAUUUUGUACGAACAGUGCAUGGAUCUUCAACUUUUUUAUCGCGAUACGGAGCAAGCUGAUACUUGGAUGGCUAAACAAGAGGCUUUCCUGUCGAACGAAGAUUUGGGUGAUUCUUUAGAUUCUGUCGAAGCGCUAAUCAAGAAACACGAAGACUUUGAGAAAUCAUUGGCGGCGCAGGAAGAGAAAAUUAAGGCUUUGGACGAAUUUGCUUCAAAACUAAUCGAAGGCCAACAUUAUGCUGCUGAAGACGUUGCCCAGCGUCGUGCCCUUCUGUUAGAUCGCCGCGGAGCUUUGCUUGAAAAGUCCAGCCAACGUCGCGUAUUGCUAGAGGAUUCUUUCCGUUUGCAGCAAUUUGAAAGAGAUUGCGAUGAAACCAAAGGCUGGAUUAACGAGAAACUGAAGUUUGCAACUGAUGACAGCUACCUAGACCCUACCAACUUGAACGGAAAAGUCCAGAAACACCAGACUUUUGAGCAAGAAUUGACUGCAAACAAGAGUCGCAUUGAAGAACUUGAUGCUGUGGGUCGAGAAUUGAUUGAAGGCAAUCAUUGGGCAACUGAUAGGAUUCAUGCUCGUCUGGAAGAAAUUGUUCGAUUGUGGGAAACCCUUCUAGCUGCCACCGAACGCAAGGGAACUAGACUGGCCCAGGCCUCCCAACAGCAGCAAUUUAACCGAGGAGUUGAAGAUUUGGAGAUCUGGCUAAGUGAAGUAGAAGGCCAGCUUUUGAGCGAGGACUAUGGGAAAGACUUGACUAGCGUUCAGAACUUGCAAAAGAAGCAUGCGCUAUUGGAAGCAGAUGUGGCUUCUCAUCAGGAUCGUAUUGAUGCCAUUAAAUCGGCUGCCCAACAAUUUAUCGACUCUGGACACUUUGAUGUUGACAGUAUUCUCACCAAACAGGCUGGUGUAACUGAGCGCUAUGAUGCCUUGCAAAAUCCGAUGGGCUUGCGGAAACAGCGGCUUUUAGAUUCUCUUCGCGUUCAACAACUCUUCCGCGAUGUGGAAGACGAAGAAGCUUGGAUUCGCGAAAAGGAGCCAAUUGCAGCAUCAACCAAUCGCGGUCGCGACCUUAUUGGUGUUCAAAAUCUGAUCAAGAAGCACCAAGCUGUCUUAGCUGAAAUGCAUAAUCAUGAGCCCCAUGUCUUGGCUGUUUGUCAAGCUGGUUUCCAAAUGGCUGAUGAUGGUCAUUUUGCAGCCGAUGAGGUACGUAAGCGCAUCCAAGCGCUUGCUGACCAUUGGGCUCAUUUGAAAGAGAAAGCGUUCCAACGGAAGCAAGAUUUGGAAGAUUCUCUCCAAGCUCACCAAUACUUUGCGGAUGCAAACGAAGCCGAAUCCUGGAUUAAAGAAAAAGAGCCGCUGUCGGGAAGUAUCGAUUAUGGCAAAGAUGAAGAUUCGUCUGAAGCUCUUCUGAAGAAACACGAAGCAUUAAUGUCUGAUCUUGAAGCAUUUGGAUCGACAAUUGUAGCCCUUAGAGAUCAGGCACAAAGUUGUCCGCAAGAAGCACCCGUGUCUGAUGUGUCUGGCAAGGAAUGUGUUGUUGCACUGUACGAUUACACCGAAAAGUCACCCCGUGAAGUCUCCAUGCGCAAAGGAGAUGUUCUCACACUAUUGAAUUCCAACAACAAGGAUUGGUGGAAAGUCGAAGUAAACGAUCGCCAAGGAUUUGUUCCGGCUGCCUACGUGAAGAAAAUUGAGCCAGGAUUGUCGGCCUCACAACAGGCUUUGGCGGAACAGAGUUCGAUUGCUGCACGUCAAGUCCAGAUUGAUAGCCAGUAUCAAUCGUUGAUGGCUUUGGCUCGCGAACGCCAACGUAAAUUGUCGGAAACUUGCAAAGCGUACGUUUUGGUUCGCGAAGCAGCUGAACUUGCGCAGUGGAUUAAGAAUAAGGAACAAUACGCUCACAUCGAAGAUGUUGGCGAGGAUUUGGAACAAGUAGAAGUAAUGCAAAAGAAAUUCGACGAUUUCAACGCCGAUUUGAAAGCCAACGAAGUGCGCUUGGCAGAGAUGAACGAAAUUGCCAUGCAGUUGAUGAGUCUCGGUCAAACGGAAGCCGCCCUCAAGAUUCAGACUCAAAUGGAAGACUUAAAUCGAAAGUGGGCAUCGAUUCAGCAACUUACGGCUGAACGAGCUCAACAGCUAGGAUCGGCUCAUGAAGUUCAGCGCUUCCAUCGUGAUGUUGAUGAAACCAAAGAUUGGAUUCAUGAGAAAGACGAAGCCCUCAAUAACGAUGAUCUGGGCAAAGAUCUUCGCAGUGUUCAAGCUCUUCAACGUAAACACGAAGGAUUAGAGCGAGAUCUUGCCGCUCUCGGCGAUAAAAUUCGCCAAUUGGAUGAAGCUGCCGCUCGCCUGGUGCAGGGACACCCCGAUUCGGCUGAUACCAUCCAUUCAAAACAAGAAGAAAUUCAUGAUGAAUGGACCCAGUUGACUGCCAAAGCAAACGCACGAAAGGAGAAACUGCUGGACUCGUACGAUCUGCAGCGUUUCUUGAGCGAUUAUCGCGACUUGACUGCUUGGAUACAAUCGAUGAUGGGGCUGGUUGCGUCAGACGAAUUGGCAUCAGAUGUUACGGGAGCUGAAGCACUUCUGGAACGCCAUCAGAAUUAUCGGAACGAAAUCGAUGCCCACUACGGUAUUCCGCAGGAGCACCGUACCGAAAUUGAUGCUAGGGCAGGGACCUUUCAAGCGUUCGAGUUGUUCGGGCAGCAUCUUUUGCAGUCUAACCAUUAUGCUUCCCCAGAAGUCCAGGAAAAAUUGGAGAAUAUGAAUGUUGCACGCCAAGAACUUGAGAAAGCUUGGAUCGCUCGUCGUAUGGAGCUGGAUCAGUGCUUGGAACUGCAACUGUUCUAUCGCGAUUGCGAACAAGCUGAAAACUGGAUGUCAGCCCGUGAAGCUUUCCUUGCUGCUGAGGAAUUGGAUAGUCAAGGAGACAACGUGGAAGCUCUCAUCAAGAAACAUGAAGAUUUCGAUAAAGCUAUCAACGCUCAAGAGGAAAAAAUUGCCGCUCUUGCUACAUUUGCCGAUCAAUUGGUUGCUGCUGAACACUACGCUAGUAAUGCCAUUGAUGGCAAAAAGGUCCAAGUCUUGGACCGAUGGAGUAACUUGAAGGAAGCCUUGAUUGAGAAACGCUCCAAGCUUGGGGAAUCGCAAACACUGCAACAGUUCUCUCGUGAUGCUGACGAGGUUGAAAACUGGAUGGCAGAAAAACUGCAAUUAGCCACGGAAGAAAGCUACCGUGAUCCUGCUAAUAUCCAAUCGAAGCACCAAAAACAUCAAGCUUUUGAAGCCGAGUUAGCUGCUAAUGCUGAUCGAAUUCAGGCUGUUCUUGCCAUGGGCCAAAACCUGAUUGACAAGCAUCAGUGUGCUGGAUCCGAAGAAGCCGUUCAAAGCCGUUUGGUUUCCAUCGCCGAUCAAUGGGAAUUCCUAACGCACAAAACAGCCGAGAAAUCGAUGAAACUUAAAGAAGCUAACAAACAACGCACUUACAUCGCUGCUGUUAAAGAUCUUGAUUUCUGGUUAGGAGAAGUCGAGUCUCUGCUGACUUCCGAAGAUGCUGGCAAAGAUUUGGCUUCAGUACAGAACCUAAUGAAGAAGCAUCAACUUGUUGAUGCUGACAUCUUGGCCCAUGAAGAUCGCAUUAAAGAUAUGAACGAUCAAGCCGAUUCCUUGAUCGAAAGCGGACAGUUUGACGCUGCAGCCAUUCAAGAGAAACGCCAAUCCAUCAACGAACGAUAUGAACGUAUUAAGAAUUUGGCCGCUCAUCGUCAAGCACGAUUGAACGAGGCGAUGACUCUACAUCAGUUCUUCCGUGACAUUGCGGAUGAAGAGUCUUGGAUCAAAGAAAAGAAAUUAUUGGUCGCAUCCGACGAUUAUGGCCGCGAUUUAACUGGUGUUCAAAAUUUGAAGAAGAAGCACAAACGUCUGGAAUCUGAGCUGGCUUCUCACGAACCAGCAAUUCAAGCUGUUCAAGAUGCUGGUCAGCAGUUGAUGAACGUCUCUAAUCUGGGAGUGCCAGAGAUCGAGCAGCGUCUUCGAAUGCUUAAUCAGGCAUGGGACGAACUAAAAUUGAUGGCAGCUACCCGUGGCACAAAACUGGAGGAGUCGUUGACAUAUCAACAGUUUUUGGCUAAAGUUGAGGAAGAGGAGGCUUGGAUUAGCGAAAAGCAGCAAUUGCUCUCCGUCGAAGAUUUCGGUGACAACAUGGCCGCUGUCCAAGGUUUACUGAAGAAGCACGACGCUUUCGAGACUGACCUUGCCGUCCAUCGUGAUCGAUGCAACGAAAUAUGUGACGCUGGUAAUAGUCUUAUCCGGGAUGGAAAUCAUCAUUCUACUUCAGUCGGUCAACGCUGUCAACAGUUGCAGGACAAGCUAGAUACUCUCGGAUCCAUUGCUAAGCGUAGAAAGGGUCGUUUGCUAGACAACGCGGCAUAUUUGCAGUUCAUGUGGAAGGCCGACGUAGUCGAAUCUUGGAUUGCUGACAAAGAAAAUCACGUACGAUCAGAGGAUUUCGGACGCGAUCUUUCUUCAGUUCAAACUCUUUUGACAAAACAAGAAACCUUCGAUGCAGGUUUGCACGCUUUUGAGCAAGAAGGCAUUCAAAACAUCACAACUCUAAAAGAUCAAUUAGUGAGCGCCGGUCAUGAUCAGACAGCAACAAUUUUGAAUCGUCACGGGGAUGUCAUAUCCCGCUGGAAUUCACUUUUAGGAGCAUCCAACUCGCGCAAACAACGUUUGCUCCGCAUGCAGGAUCAAUUCAGACAGAUUGAAGAGCUUUAUCUUACCUUUGCGAAGAAGGCAUCAGCUUUUAACUCGUGGUUUGAAAAUGCUGAAGAAGAUCUUACUGAUCCAGUUCGCUGCAAUUCUAUUGAAGAGAUUCGUGCUCUUCGAGAGGCGCACGCCCAAUUUCAGGCUUCUUUGUCGUCAGCCCAAGUUGACUUCGAAUCGUUGGCGGCCUUAGAUGCUGAGAUUAAGAGCUUCAAAGUCGGUCCAAACCCGUAUACAUGGUUUACUAUGGAAGCCCUUGAAGAUACUUGGCGCAACUUGCAAAAGAUCAUAUCUGAACGUGACUCUGAACUCCUGAAGGAGGCCCAACGCCAAGAAGAUAACGAUCGCCUCCGUAAAGAAUUUGCACGCCACGCGAAUGCUUUCCAUCAAUGGUUAACUGAAACGAGGCUGAGGCUUCUGGGCUGGGACGGGGCAUCCAUGAUGGAAGGUUCUGGAACCUUGGAACAACAGCUUGAAGCAACAAAGCGUAAAGCCUCCGAAGUCCGAGCCCGUCGCCAAGAUCUUAAGAAAAUUGAAGACCUUGGAGCUAUCUUGGAAGAACAUCUAAUUCUUGAUAAUCGUUAUACUGAACACAGUACUGUUGGCUUGGCUCAGCAAUGGGAUCAGCUCGACCAACUGGGAAUGCGCAUGCAACACAACUUAGAGCAGCAAAUCCAAGCCCGCAAUCAGUCGGGUGUUAGCGAAGACGCGCUUAAGGAAUUCUCUAUGAUGUUCAAGCAUUUUGACAAGGAGAAGACCGGCCGUCUCAAUCACCAAGAAUUCAAGUCUUGCCUUCGUGCACUUGGAUACGACCUUCCCAUGGUAGAGGAAGGGCAGGUCGAUCCAGAAUUCGAGACCAUUGUUGACAUCGUCGAUCCUAAUCGUGACGGAUAUGUAUCCCUCCAAGAAUACAUGGCAUUCAUGAUUAGCAAAGAAACUGAAAACGUUCAAAGCUCAGAGGAGAUUGAAAACGCUUUCCGUGCCAUCACCAACGGCGAAAGACCCUACGUCACUAAGGAAGAAUUAUAUGCUAACCUCACGAAAGAGAUGGCCGAUUAUUGUGUUUCGCGUAUGAAUCCCUACGUCGAUUCCAAGUCCGGGAAACCGGUGCUGGGCGCGUUAGACUAUAUGGACUUUACCCGAACCUUAUUCCAAAAUUAACGCAUUUUCUCAUAAUUUUAAACUGUAGUGUAAGCUUAGCUUCCAAGUAGACUUGCUUUGCAUUUAUCCCAAUCUUCGUUUGCCCCUAUUUAACUAUCGUGUCUGGCAGCUGUCUUCAAAAAUGGUAACCUUAUUAUAACUUCACCAACUGUGUUUAGAUAACGUUGGUGUUGCUUGAUCGAGAUUUUCCUUGAAACAAUUGAAAGUUAGCUUUUAAUUUCUUCAUCUCUUUAUUAUUAUUUUUUCUGUCUUAAUAGAGUACCAGUAACUACAUGCCCUUCAUUAGUCAUUAACUCUUGGUCUAAUCAAAUAUACUUUAGACAAAAGAAA